GGACGUGGUGAAGGAGGAGGACGUGGUGGAAGAGGAGGAGGAGGAGGUGGUGAAGGAGGUGGAGGUGGAGAACGACGGCGACAAGGAAGGGGAAGAGCAAGGGCACGAAGACAGUCAGUCUCGGAUGAAAUUCGAGCCACUUUAGUUGACCAUGUCCUCGUCCAUGGGAUGACUAUGAGGGAGACUGGGCAACGAGUACAACCAAAUUUGAGUCGCUUCACUGUUGCCUCCAUCAUCAGAACCUUCAGGGAGGAAAACAGGACACAGAGACGACCACCUGGUGGAGGCAGGUUAAGGCUUUUGUCGGAGGAGCAAGAGAGGGAACUUGUAAACAUGGUAAUUGCAAAUAAUGUAAUCCGCCUGCAAGAGAUUCAAAGGAGAGUGAUUGAGGAUGAUCAUCUUUUUCGAGGCAUAAAUGCCAUCAGCCUCUCCACAAUUGACCGCAUCCUCCGAAAGAAUCAAUUCCGGAUGAAACAGGCAUACCGAGUCCCUUUCGAACGAAACUCUGACAGAGUGAAAAACCAACGUGUGGAAUAUGUUCAGAGAAUCUUUGAGAUUGAAGGACGGCCUGUUCCCCAUGAAAUGAUCUUUGUGGAUGAGGCAGGUUUUAACCUGACCAAAAGAAGGAAAAGGGGGAGGAACAUAAUUGGCCAUCGGGCUAUUGUAAAUGUCCCUGGUCAGCGUGGGGGGAAUGUCACUAUGUGCGCAGCCAUCAGCCAACGAGGGGUACUCCACCGCCAUGCCGUACUAGGACCCUAUAACACUAUGCUUCUCCUUGCUUUUCUUGAUGGUUUAAGACAACAUAUGUUCCAGCUGGACUACAGGGAACCAGCACAGCCAGAGCAGCCUCACUACGUUGUUGUGUGGGAUAACGUCAGCUUCCAUCGCGCUGCUCUGGUUCGUGACUGGUUUACCAAUAACCCAAGGUUUUCUAAUAUCUUUCUGCCUGCAUACUCCCCCUUUCUAAACCCGAUAGAGGAGUUAUUUUCGGCAUGGCGGUGGAAAGUGUAUGACCGAGAACCUUAUGUCCGUGUUCACCUCCUUCAGGCCAUGGAAGAGGCCUGCCUAGACAUAUCAGUAGAUGCAUGCCAGGGGUGGAUCAGGCAUGCAAGAGGAUUUUACCCCCGCUGCCUGGCUGGGGCCAAUAUAGCCUGUGAUGUGGAUGAGAUUCUCUGGCCUGACCCAGACCAAAGACAAGAUGCUGUGGUGGGAUAAUGUUUCUGGUGUGUGUUGUACUGUAUAGUACAUGAAUGACAAUGUGCCACUGUACAUACAUUGGUUGCGUCUUUUGUGUUUAUCAUGUGACAAGGGUUUUGAAGGGGAGAACCAUAAGCAACCUAAUUGUUUUGGAACUAUUGUUUUGAAUUAAUUGUACCAGUGUGCAAAACUCUGUUGUAGUGUGUGUGUUUUUGAGGGCUUGUGUUUGAUGUCUGAGGGCAAAGUUCGGUUUUUCAGCAGGAGUGAAUAGUUUUGGGUGUAGAGCUUCAUUUUGACCUGGAAAUAGGAUGUUUGGGGAAUUGAGUGAGAUGUUAUGGAUUUGUGUUUACUGUUGUGCGGAUAUGAGGCGUAGUUUCAAGAAAUGUGUUUUAGCAAUCGAGAAAAACUGUAAUA